AUGGCUGCCCAGUCUGUGAUUGAUCAAGUGCCUAUUGCUAUUGGUGGAGGUGUUGAAUCUAUCUCUCUGGUCCAGAAUUCUGUUGUUGGUGAUCAAAUGGUGGCUGAGCCCUGGAUAUUAGAGAAGUACCCAGGAAUCUGGAUGCCCAUGAUUCAAACUGCUGAUAUUGUCGGUGCACGUUACGGUAUCUCGCGAGAGCGUUGUGACGAGUACAGUCUAACGAGUCAACAACGUACUGCCAAGGGACAGAAGGAAGGAAAGUUCGUUGACGAAAUCGUUCCCAUGACAACGACAAUAAAAGUCAAGAACAAGGAGACCGGAGAGAUCACAAUGCAGGAGGUCACGCUGGACAGAGACGACUGCAACAAUCUCAAAACAACUCUAGAAAGUCUACUAGCUUUAAAGCCCGUCCGUGGUGAUGAGGAUCCUACCGCUGGCGUCACAGCCGGUAACGCCAGUCAGUUGAGUGACGGUGCCAGUGCGUGUGUGGUCAUGGAAGCCGGUGAGGCCGAGAGGCGUGGAGUUACACCUCUUGGUAUCUUCAAGGGUUUCGCCGUUGCCGGAUGCUCGCCCGAGGAGAUGAGCAUCGGACCCGUCUUCGCCAUUCCCUGCCUACUACAGCGCCACAGUCUAACCGUUGACGAUAUCGGCCUGUUCGAGCUCAACGAAGCCUUCGCUGUCGCCGAUAAGCUCAAUAUCCCCAUGGAGAAGCUCAACGUAAACGGAGGGUCCAUUGGUAUCGGUCACCCCUUCGGCAUGAGUGGUUCACGUCUUACUGGGCAUGCGAUGAUUGAGGGCAAGCGUCGCGGUGUUAAGCACGUGGUGGUGACCAUGUGUGUGGGCGGCGGUAUGGGUGCCGCUGGUCUAUUCGAGGUAGUCCACUAAAUUAUACGGGACGAAAAAUUGAAUGUAAAUUCAUAGCCUUCUGAAUUUGUUCAAUUUAGAAGGCUAUGGUAAAUUAAAUAAAUAUACUCGAAAAUGUAGC